GGAGCGCCGGGCUGCAGUCGAGGCGCCGGGCGCGGAGCCGGCGGUGGAGCGCGGUGCGGCUGCGGGGGCCCCCCCCCACCACCCCCCCACCCCCGGGACUGGAGUGGAGCAUGGAGCGGUGGCCACCAGCCGUGGCCACCGGCCUGGGCAGCGGGACGCGCCUCCCGCCGCACUAAAGUGGCGGCUGAGCCGCGAAGCGAGGCGCCGAGCCGAGCCCCGCGGCUGUGUGUGAGCGCGACUGAGGCGGCUUUUCCCGGCGGGCUCCCCAGGGCCGGCGCGGGGCUGUGCGGGGAGGGGGCCGCGGCGCCGCCCCCGCCUCCUCCCCUCCGCUCGCCCGGCACGGGCAGAGGCGGGCGGCCGGGGCUCCCCCCGCGGCGGCGGGCGGGCGGCAUGAGCGCGGCGCCCUGAGGGGCCGGCGGAGCGGGGCUCGCCCCGGGCAGCCUUCCCGCGUGGGGGCCGCGGCCGUGCGGAUCGGACUCGGCUGGGACCUGCCAUGACUCCCCUGGCUCCUCCCAUGGCAUGAGCCCGUGCUCUCCUCCCCCCCCCGCCGCCUGGUUUUGGUCUUUCUCCGCUGCUGGGCUGUCAGAUGGGAUAAAGCACACCCGGGCGUGUGGGGCUCGGCGCUUGCCGCGAGGGAGCGGGAGGAGCGGCGGAGGCAACCGGUGACGGCUGUCGGCUCGCCCGGAGUCGAAGAUGAGCCGGCGGUGGGCUCGCCAGCACCGGAACGGCGGCUCCUCCGUCCUGCUGCUGCUGCUGCUCUGGCACGGCUGGGGCCGGCCGGCCGGCGCCGACAACGCCAGCCAGGCGUACUACACCGCCCUCAUCAACGUGACGGUGCUGAGCCCCGAGCGGGGCGGCCCCACGCUGCUGAGGAUCGACCGCGGCCGCUACGGGCAGGAUUCCCCCAAGGUGGAAGUCAAGGGCCUGCUGGUGGCUCCCGUCCCCAUCAACGGAGUUGCAGAUCGCCUGGGCUGUGACCCUCGAACACGUUUCCAAGUUCCACCAAACACCAAGCAGUGGAUUGCUUUACUACAGCGAGGAAACUGUACAUUUAGAGAGAAGAUACUGCGAGCAGCUUCACAUAAUGCCACAGCUGUGGUCAUUUACAACAAUAUAUCCAGUGAAGAACCUGUCACAAUGACUCAUCAAGGAACUGGAGACAUUGUUGCUGUCAUGAUUACAGAAUCAAAGGUUAAGGAGAUCCUGAAUUACUUGGAAAAGAAUAUCUCUGUCCUGAUGGCAAUAGCAGUGGGUUCCCGUGUUCCUCCAAAAAACUUUAGUCGGGGCUCUCUAGUCUUUGUGUCGAUAUCAUUCAUUGUUUUGAUGAUAAUUUCUUCAGCAUGGUUAAUAUUUUACUUCAUCCAGAAGAUCAGAUACACAAGUGCACGUGACAGGAAUCAGCGUCGUCUUGGAGAUGCUGCCAAGAAAGCCAUUGGUAAAUUGACAACCAGAACAGUAAAGAAGGGUGAUAAGGAAACAGACCCAGACUUUGAUCAUUGUGCUGUCUGCAUUGAGAGUUACAAGCAGAACGAUGUUGUUCGCAUUUUGCCAUGCAAGCAUGUUUUCCACAAAGCCUGUGUGGAUCCAUGGCUUAGUGAACACUGUACGUGUCCAAUGUGUAAACUUAACAUUUUGAAGGCACUGGGAAUUGUGCCAAACGUGCCAUGCACAGAUAAUGUAGCCUUUGACAUGGAAAGGCUCACCAGAGGCCAGCCAGCCAGCAGGCGCUCAGCACUCGGCGAUUUUGCCAAUGACAGCUCGCUCAGCCUGGAGCCCCUGCGCACCUCUGGGAUGUCACAGCUUCCACAGGACGGGGAGCUAACGCCAAGGUCAGGAGAGAUCAACAUUGCUGUGACAAGCAGUCACUUCUUUCAUCGUAACUCUCUGUCCCCUCGAAGCCUGGUCUACGAGAGUGAGUUCUCAACCAUCGAGCCUGCCUUGGACAUGUAUGAUGAGAACAAAACCUGAAAGGAAUCUAUGCUCCUUCCUGGCCCUUUUUCCGUUUUUUUCAUUUCUCAUUCCUAUUGUUGUGUACUCUUUCCAUGGAUCUCCUUUGUCUGAAGAAGAGCUGCUUUUUCCAGAACACGAACCCACCUUCUAGAUUGCAAAGAUGAAGACCAGCUGUGGUGGUUUCUGAGGGUGGCAUCUUUGAGCUGACAAAGAAUUGCACACAAGCAAGAUUGUCUGAUGGAAAUUGAUGAGUAACAGCAUGGGGAGCUGUGUCGGUCCAGCCAUGGCGAUGCAGAAGAGGUUUUGUGGUGGUCCUAAGAGUUUGUGUUGUACUGCAAAUGCGUCUCUUACACAGGCAUCUGCUGUUUCCAUUAUUUUAAUUGUCCAGAUGGUUGGGCAUUGUCAGAAAGGGAACUGGUUGUAGAGGAGAUGACCACUGACUGGUAAAAGCACUCGUAUAUCUCGGUGAAUCCAUAACCUUACUGUGAAGUAGCCCCUUCUGAAAGGGACCUUUAAGUGCAUUGAAUUUCCUACAACCCACGUAACCCCGGACAAUAGCAAACCAGUCUGAUGUUAAAGCUGCAGAGAGGACCUGCAUUUGCAGAAAGAUUUCAAGGAACUCGACGCUUGUUUUUUUCUCCAGUUCGAUUGAAGCAGGAGAAAAAUGGCCUACACAGAAUAUACUUUCAGUCCUUCCGUGUGCUCAAGUCAAGUGAGUCUCUUUCUGUAGAGAGGGCAUUCACAGAACCAGCACUUGAUCUACCUGAAAACCAUUAGACUUUUUGAAAUAUGCAGGAAUCUAAUUAGCUUUCUUUCUCAGUUAACUUUUU